CACUUUGCCCGCUGCCAGUGUGGGAAUGCGGCCGUCGCCUGGCGGAGCUCCGGGCUCGGCGGGGCUUUGACGGGCACAUGCUCCGCGCCGCGGCCGCCUCCCCGUCGGGAGCCGCAGGGAGAGCAGCGCGGCAUGGAGAAGCCGCCGGCGACAGCGCGCUGCCGCCCUGCCAGCCAUCCACGGGUGGGCUGAGGCGCCCCGAAAGAGACACUUGCUGAUACCAGACCUCUAGAUCUAUGUGACUUGGCUGGAGAAACCAUGACUGAAGUUGUCUGGUCAGCUGUUCUGAACGUUACUGAGACUCACUUGCUGGCCAGCAGUGGAUGGACCCUGGGCAAUACCACUAGCAAAUGUGUGCUGACCAAAACCGGUUUUCAGUUCUAUUACCUUCCUGCCGUCUACAUCGUAGUCUUCAUUACAGGAUUCCUGGGCAACAGUGUGGCAAUUUGGAUGUUUAUCUUCCACAUGAGGCCUUGGAGCGGCAUCUCAGUUUACAUGUUCAACCUGGCACUUGCUGAUUUCUUGUAUGUCCUGACUCUUCCCGCGCUGAUCUUCUAUUAUUUCAAUGAAACAGACUGGAUCUUGGGAGACUUCAUGUGCAAACUGCAGAGGUUCAUCUUCCAUGUCAACCUCUAUGGAAGCAUCUUGUUCCUCACCUGCAUCAGUGUCCACAGGUACACGGGUGUGGUAUAUCCCUUAAAAUCACUAGGGAAACUGAAAAAGAAGAACGCUGUUUAUAUCAGCUCGCUGGUUUGGGUUGUUGUGGUAGCUGGUAUUUCUCCUAUCUUGUUCUAUUCUGGGACUGGAGAAAGGAAAAACAAGACUAUGACUUGUUACGACACGACGGAAGAUGCCUACUUACGAAGCUACUUCAUUUACAGCAUGUGUACCACUGUCUUCUUGUUCUGUAUCCCUUUCAUACUGAUCCUGGGUUGCUAUGGAUUAAUAGUCAAAGCACUGAUUUACAAAGACUUAGACAAUUCUCCACUGAGGAGAAAAUCAAUUUACCUGGUUAUUAUAGUGUUGGCUGUUUUUGCUGUGUCUUAUCUUCCUUUUCAUGUGAUGAAGAACUUGAAUCUACGAGCGAGGCUAGAUUUUCAGACUCCGGAAAUGUGUGCCUUUAACAACAGGGUUUACGCCACUUACCAAGUAACUCGGGGGCUAGCUAGUCUCAACAGCUGUGUGGAUCCUAUUCUGUAUUUCUUGGCAGGAGACACCUUUCGAAGAAGGCUCUCUAGGGCAACCAGAAAGGCCUCGAGGCGGAGUGAGCUCAACGUGCAGUCCAAAAGCGAGGAUAUGACUCUCAAUAUUUUAGCCGAGUAUAAACAGAAUGGAGACACCAGCUUGUGAAUGAAAAAAGAAGAAGAUUUGCAAGCAGUGGUGCACUCCCUUCCCAACCAUACACACUCACCUUCAUUUUUAACCCUUAUUGGACUCUCUUAAUUUCAUGCAUUUUCAAGGAACACAUAACAAGCGGACAAUAUUUGUUUGUUUGUUUGGUUGGUUGUUUUUAAAAGACAUGCUCUGUGACCCUAGGAAGAGCUUGAGAAAAGUAAGUGUAAAAGUUUUUUUAAAAACAGGAAACAGUAUGGGACUAUUCAGCUUUUACCCCUUACUACUUUAAAAGAUUAAAUAUUGGAAAGACUGGCCAUACAAACAAUAAAAGAAAGCAAUCCACCCAUACCUACCCCCAGAACCAUUCAACAGGGGUGUGGGUUUAUUACCGUUAUGUUAGAGAAUCAGAAAUAUCUUUGGAAGAGAAAACUUUUCUGUAAGGUCCUAGUCCAUUUUCCUGUUGCCAGAUCUCUCUUUCAUUUUGGUAUGACUGUGCCCCCAGGAAGGGGAGGGAUACUGCAGGCUCUCUCUCUGGAUUUUGACCCUUCAUUUGAAAGAAUAGCAACAAAACAAACAAAAUCUUCUAGUCUUUUUAGUUGCAGAGGUACCAGGAGAAAAGAGUAAGAUGUAUCCCACCCAUCUACUCUGUCAGAAAUAAGCGUGCUUUAAAAGGUUGGGUCCUUUAUAAAAUGUGAUCUAAUAAUUAAGUAAUCUCUGUUAGACAACUUGAAAUUUAUUGUGUUGUAUUGACUUAAGUUGGCCUCCACCCUUCUCCACUCUAUACUUCCUUCCAACAAAAUUCCUAACUAUGGAUCUGUGUUUCUCAGUUUCUCCCAAACACUGCGGAAAGCAUAUUAAGGGCAAGCUCUAUGAUUAAUUGUCUGGCUGUGCUUCAUUUGUGGGGUUUUAAAACAUAGUGAAGCUACUGGACCUACAGUUUCAAAUGGAAGGCCAAAGUGGGCAGAAAAAGGGCUUCCUAACCAUAGCAUUUGUGGACGCAGCUGAGGAGGGGUAUUUUCAGUAGGAAAAACUUAGCAUAAAGGGAAAGUUAAGAAGCCCCAGUGGUCCCGUGUUGAUCUUCCAUUUGAAAUGGAAUCUUUGGUGGCUGUAUUGUGAAAAACAAUAAUAUACCCCCCCCCCCAAAGAAUCACACAACCGCACAUAGCAGGCAGUUUCCCCCUAAGACAAAGACUAUGAAUUAUUAAGUUCUGUUGACAGGGUUUCUUUGAGAUUCCAGUGGCUUAUGCUAUUUGAGCAGAUAAUGUUUUUCCUUCUUAACUCAGAGCUUAUGCACAAAGCCAUCUGGCCAUGUGGUGUUCAUGAGAAAAGCCUGGGGCACUGUGGUUCCCAACCUGUGGUGAUCUGGUGAUGGUGUGCACCCUAUAGCAUCUGUUGGGAAGCAACAGGAAGACAGGACUUCUCAACAUGCACAGAGAACUAAAUAUGAUGUGUGCUUUUUCAUGCUUUUUUCCAUGGGCACCAUGAUCCUGUUUGGCCUUUGAAUAGCCCGUCACUUGUACAGUCUCUAGAUUUUUCUUCACUGAAGGCUGUUAAGUUAUAAAUAAGCGGUGGUUUUUCUAAAAUUUGGCAGUACAUGUUAUUUGUUUGAACCCUGUUGGAUUAUGCUAUUAUAAUUUUUUUUUAAAAAAAAUCAUUAUUUAAUUUAGGGAACAGUCCCAAGUAAGUCUACUCAGACAUGUCCCAUGUUGUUCAGGGGAGCUUAUCUUCAAGAACAUGUUCUUAGGAUUGCAGCUUUAGUCAACUUUGUAGUAACUCCUGUAGCCUAUUGUCUAACUUUGGAAUUGGAAACACAUCUAAUUGGCAAUAUAUGUA